UCGGGGAGGCUAGUUCAUACUCCUCUACGACUGCGAGGCUAGGGUUUUUAGAAUUCUUGCGUCUUCCAUCUUCGCUGAGGAACAAAUCGAAAUCAUGGGCCACUCCAAUGUGUGGAAUUCUCAUCCCAAGAACUAUGGACCUGGUUCUCGCACCUGCCGUGUGUGUGGGAAUCCUCAUGGAAUGAUUAGGAAAUAUGGCCUUAUGUGUUGCAGGCAGUGCUUCCGUAGCAACGCCAAGGAAAUUGGCUUCAUUAAGUAUCGCUAAGUAUUAGUCUCCACCUGCCCCAACCGUUGGAGAUUCUGGCAUUUGAUGAUGAUGAUGAUGUGGGGAUGGUUUUAUUGUUUUAAGAACUUGAGAAUUUUUGUGGCAUUUAGUUAAUUUAAUCUUCAAACUUAUGUUGUGGAACUAAGAAUAUUUUUUUUAUAUUAUUGUUUUUAGCUAAUCUACAUCGUUCUCUGUGAUUCAUUUAUCAUUCUG